AUGGUGACCUUAAUAGAUGAGACUGACACCAAGGUGGAAGCCUUUGCGACCACAGUCUAUGACUACGGGGAAGGGCCAUGUGAAAAAGUCAAUAUCAAGGAUCUGGGGGCCCAGUUUCUGCCCCUACUGUAUUCUCUGGUGUUCAUUGUUGGCCUUUUGGGCAAUGUGGUAGUGAUAGUGAUCCUCACAAAAUACAAGAGGCUCAGAAUUAUGACCAACAUCUACCUGCUCAACUUGGCGAUUUCUGACUUGCUCUUUCUGUUCACGCUUCCAUUCUGGAUUCACUAUGUUGGAUGGAACAAGUGGAUUUUUGGCCACUGCAUGUGUAAGUUCCUCACAGGGCUUUAUUACAUAGGCUUGUACAGCGAGAUCUUUUUCAUCAUCCUGCUGACGAUUGACAGGUACUUGGCCAUUGUCCACGCUGUGUUUUCCCUGAGGACCCGGACUGUCACCUUUGGUAUUAUAACCAGCAUCUUCACCUGGGCCCUGGCAGGGCUAGCAGCUCUCCCUGAGUUUAUCUUCCAUGAGUUUCAAGAGGAUGUUGAACAAUCUGUCUGCAGCCCUCACUACCCGGAAGAUAAUGAAGAUACCUGGAAGCGUUUCCAUGCUUUAAGAAUGAAUAUUUUGGGUCUUGUUUUCCCUCUAAUCAUUAUGGCUAUCUGCUACUCAGGAAUCAUUAAAGCGCUGCUGAGAUGCCGUGAUAGGCAAAAAUACAAGGCCAUCCAGCUCAUUUUUGUCAUCAUGAUGGUCUUUUUCCUUUUCUGGACACCCUACAACCUGGUUCUCCUUCUUUCUGCUUUUCAAGCGAUCCUUCCUGAGAACAACUGUGAGCAGAGCAAACAGCUGGACCUGGCCUUGGCAAUAACGGAAGUGAUAGCCUACACACACUGCUGUGUCAACCCCAUCAUCUAUGCCUUUGUUGGUGAGAGGUUCCAGAAAUACCUCCACCACUUUUUCCACAGGUAUGUGGGCAUCUAUCUGAGCAAAUACCUUCCAUUCCUUCCUAGAGAAAAACAGGAAAGGGCUAGCUCUAUUUCCCCAUCGACUGGGGAGCAGAAACUACUCUCUACAGUAUUUUAG